AUGUGGUGGUGGCUGCUAGGUGGGUUGAGCUGUGUGCUGCUGGUGGUGGUCAUCAUCUUCUUCCUGACUACAGGGCAACGCUACAAGGUGUUCAGCGAGAAGUGCCUGAGGCCACCAGGACCCUUGGUGACAGACAGCAGACAGAGAGAUGAGAGGUUAAAGAGAGCCUCGCGGCCUUCCACCACACUGCAUUUCGCCCUCGCAGGCUUUCGUGUGGACCGCGUUCCCCCUGCUCUGGAUGCUGUGGUGAUCGGCAGCGGUGUGGGAGGUUUGACAGCAGCAGCCCUUUUGUCCAAAGCUGGGAAGAGGGUUGUAGUUCUGGAGCAGCAUGAUCAGGCUGGAGGCUGCACACACACCUUUCAGAAUAAGGGAUUUGAGUUUGAUGUGGGUAUACAUUACCUGGGCCAGCUUCAUGAGAACAGCCUGCUGAGGGUUGCUCUAGAUCAGAUCACAGAGGGACAGCUGCAGUUCACCCGGCUGGAGCAGCACUUUGAUACGCUGCUCCUGGGUCAGCCUGACCAGCGCAGGGAGUAUCAUAUCCAUGCAGGGAAGACUGAGAUGGCAGCAAGCCUUAAGAAGCAGUUCCCAGGAGAAGAGGAGGCCAUUGAUGAGUUCAUGAGACUGAUGAAGCUAUCCUCACAGCGGACCCCACUUAUUGCCAUCUUGAAGAUCAUUCCAUACUGGCUGGUUAACUUCCUGGUUCGGACCGGACUGCUAACUCGUAUAUCUUCCGUCUUCUGUCUAGCAGCAACAAACCAUUCAGAAAUAAUGUCUCGCCUCACACAGAACAAGGACCUGCAGGCACUGUCUGCCUACCUGUUUUAUGGUGUCCCUCCGAAAGAGUCCAGCUUUCUCAUCAAUGCCCUCCUGCUUCACCACUACAAGCGUGGUGCGUACUACCCAAGGGGGGGCGCCAGUGAGUUUGCCUUUCACAUCAUCCCUGUCAUUCAGCAGGCAGGUGGUGCUGUGCUGGUCAGGGCUCCUGUGCAACGCAUCCUGCUCAACCAACAAGGGAAGACCUAUGGCGUGACAGUGCUUAAAGGGCAAGAAGAGAUCGAGGUCCGUGCCCCUGUUGUCAUUUCCAACGCUGGAAUCUUCAACACCUUUGAGAAGUUUCUACCUCAGCACAUACAGGACAAGCCAGAGAUCCAGUCCUUGCUGCGCAUGGUGCGUCAUGGUAUGGGUUCUUUCUUGGUCUUUGUUGGUCUGGAUGGAUCUAAAGAGGAGCUGGGCAUUGUUUCCACCAACUUCUGGAUGUAUAAAGACAAUGACUUGGACUCACUUAUGGAGCGAUACACUUCUCUGAGCAGAGAGCAGGUAUUGGGGAACAUUCCUAUGAUGUUCAUCACCUUCCCCUCUGCUAAAGAUCCUACAUCCAACAUCAGACACCCAGGUAAGUCCUGCAUGACGCUGCUAACCAUGGCUCGCUAUGAGUGGUUUGAGGAAUGGGAAGGGACAAAACUUGGCAAGAGGGGGCAGGACUACCUGGAUCUGAAAACCAGCAUGGCCCAGGAGCUGCUGGACUGGGCACUAACAGUCUUCCCUCAGUUGCGAGAUAAGGUGGUGAUGGUGGAUGCUGCCACUCCUCUAACUAAUGUCCACUAUUUGGGCGCUCCAAGAGGUGAGAUGUACGGCGCCGAACACAACCUGGAGCGCUUCACCCCAGAAACGAUUGCCAGGACAAGACCACAGACACCCAUCAGUGGACUCUACCUAACAGGUCAAGACGUAUUCUGUAACGGCAUGGCUGGGGCGCUGCAUGGUGGACUACUCUGUGCGUCUGCCGUCCUCAAUCAGAUCCUCUACAUUGACCUUCUAGCCCUGAAGACCCGACUCAAACACAAACAGACCAAUCAGAAUCACACCUGGUAGCAACCAACAGGGCUGUAGCGCAGUGUAAAUGCCAGUAAAUGUUGUUUGCCCGCCUCUCAAAUUCUAAGUGCAAAUUUAAGUGCAAACAGCAACCCACCACCCAUUCGUGACAUGUGGGAUUUAUAAUAAACAACACCUUGGCAUUAAAGCAAGAUGGCACAACACUCUCCUUCAAAAAAAGUUGACAUCUUCGGUUUGUUGUCUGAUUCAAAUAGUAAUCUGUCAAAAAGAACCACAAACAAGUAGAUGCUUAUGAGCAUAUCAUCAAUAUCUUUUUGUUUUUUAGUUUUAACCAUCCAGUUUUGCUUGAUUUAGCUUUUAGCAGGUGCUGCAUCACGUGCUGGUAGAUUUUUUUUUUAGAGAUGAUAGAAAAGUGAGGGAGAAACUCAGCAUGCAAGAUAAGAGACAGAGACACACUGAAAUGUGUAUAAGAAGUGAAAUGGACUGAAGAUAUAAAAAAAAGAGGAAAGAGGAAAAAGAGGGUGACCAAAAGGUGAUGAGAGGAAGCAGAAGAAUGGUAAGGUCUAGUUUAUAGUUGACAAAUCUUUUAAUACAGGAUGUAACAUCAUGUAAAAACAAUCAUGUUUAACUCCCUGGUUAAUUAGAGACAGCAUGUACUUACAUCUGUUUUUCCAUUUUCCACACUGUUUAUUGGUUAAAAAGACAAGCCUGCAUACUUUUCUUUAGUUUGAGAGGGAAAAUUGGCAUGUGUGUACUUAUGCUUAGCCCUCAAUCUAGUCAACCCUGUUGACAUUUAAAUAGGUGUGUCUGUUGUUUACAGAUUGUAAAAUAGUGAGAACAGGUCAUGUGUUUCCACUACAUCUGAAAUGUUUAAACUAGACCCGUGAAACAGUCAGAGGACAGGAUCAACACCUAGACUGAUGGUCCAACAUUUGAAUGAGUGAAUAUCAAUUAAAGCAAUGUGAU